GCUGCUGCGGCGUUCCCGCGGGGUCCCCGGAAAGGGGAGCGGGUUGACCGAUGUACGUGAGGAGGUGCUUGGUGGGCCUUACCUUUAGUACCUGCUACCUGGCUUCUUACCUCACGAACAAGUAUGUCCUGUCUGUUUUGAAAUUUACCUACCCUACAUUAUUCCAAGGGUGGCAGACAUUAAUUGGAGGACUUUUGCUUCAUGUGUCAUGGAAACUGGGCUGGGCUGAGAUCAACAGCAGUUCAAGGUCUGAUGUUUCGACAUGGCUUCCCGCCUCGGUGCUGUUUGUGGGCAUAAUCUAUGCCGGGUCCAGAGCAUUAUCCAAACUGGCCAUUCCUGUGUUUCUUACUUUGCAUAAUGUAGCUGAAGUUAUCGUCUGUGGGCACCAGAAGUGUUUUCGGAAAGAGAAAACGUCUCCUGCAAAGAUUUGUAGUGCCCUCUUCCUCCUGGCUGCUGCGGGAUGCCUCCCCUUCAACGACUCCCAGUUUGAUCCAGAUGGAUAUUUCUGGGCUGUAAUUCACUUAUUCUGUGUAGGAGCUUAUAAGAUAUUGCAGAAGUCCCGGAAACCCAAUGCAUUAAGUGACAUUGACCAGCAGUACUUAAACUAUAUGUUCAGUGUGGUGCUUCUGGCAUUUGCAUCUCACCCCACAGGUGAUCUCUUCAGGGUCCCGGACUUUCCGUUCCUGUAUUUCUACAGGUUCCACGGAAGCUGCUGUGCCAGUGGAAUUUUAGGAUUUUUUCUCAUGCUCAGCACAGUGAAGCUUAAAAGCCUUAUGGCCCCAGGGCAGUGUGCAGCCUGGAUUUUCUUUGCUAAGGUGCUCACAGCUGGCUUGUCCAUACUGCUGUUUGAUAUGAUCCUGACCAGUGCAACAGUGGGAUGCCUCCUGCUCAGUGGACUUGGAGAGGCCUUGCUGGUUUUCUCAGAGCAGAAGGGCUCCUAAGGACAGGAAAAACAGACCCACAGGCUGCUGGCUGGAAUGCAUGGCCCUGGGCCUCGGAGCUCCCCCUCAAGUGUGUUAGAAGGAAGAACGCGGGGACAGCGAGGCCACCACUUCUCACUGCAUCAAGGAGAACUCUCUGGGCUGCUGCAGAGAAUGGACUUUGCUGUGUCUUCCUGCUUCGAGAGGUCCUGCUGACCGUGCUGUGCCUGAUUGUGCAGACCCAGGUCAGGAUUCCGCCUGUGUGAGGAUGGCCCUGCUCACCUUGACUGAUACGCAGACCUCCUUACUAAACACCCUUCACCACACACUGCUCUGACUACAUGGGGUGGACUCAAGGAAGUUCGUUGCACUUUUUGUUUUGUUUUAUGUGUUUACAUCUUUGGAUACUCUUUUGGGGACACCUUUCCCUUGCUGUCAUGGGCUGGCCUGGAGCCCACACUCACCCACUUAGGAGCACGGACAGAAUUCCCCAUGAGAGCUCUCAACAGGGGUAGGGACAGAGACGAGGGCUGGAUGGGAGUCCUGAGUAAGACAACAGCAAGCACCCUGUGACUCCAGAGAGAGUGCUGAAGCCUUUUUGUGGUUGUGUGUUAUGUUGAAUUCGAUACACUCUUUUCUUGCCCAGUGUUAGGCUGACUUGCUCCUAAGUGAUCACCAUAGGGAACAGGGUUUAUAAUUAUUGACGGAUAUGCUCCUUGGGCAGACACAAACAUUGAACACAUGUAUAUACACAAGCAUGUGUAUUUGUAUUCCCAUCCUUUAAAGCUUUUAAUCCAUUUAAUUCCCUGAUGGCUCAGAGGAGAUUUCAUUCAUAUCAUUGAACACUGAAGUAUCUUUUUCAGGCCAGAUUAAAAAUUCGAUUAAGAUUCUAAACCUUCCUCUGUGGGAGUCCAAAGAAAUGAAUAUGCAUGAAAUGGUGACUUGAUUCUGAACCCACAACGAACGUGUAAGAAAAUAAAUGUCUGACUUCAAAUAUUUCUGCUCA